GGGUAGAUUACACAGGAAGUAUUUGUAGCGAGCGUGGUACACUGACGAGUUUGUUACUGAUAUAAUCAGUCAGAAACCACAGCAGGAUGAUGUGUAGUUGGAGUUGGACUACUGUCAUUUGUGUUUUGUUGUUUUCCCAUAGUUGUAUAGGAGGAGCGCCGACAGCUGCGUCAACUGUUUAUAUUCGUUUUGGAGAAACAGCAACUCUGGCUUGGAAUUUGCAUGGGUCUGGAAACAAAGACUUUUUUGUUAGAAACGAUUUUUGGAAGGAAACGGUGUUUCACAUAACGAACUUUAACGAAUUCAACAUUGCCAAUGAGAAACUGAAAUCAAGGCUGGAAUUCACUGGAAAUAUAAAUUCCUCAGGAGCUGGUCUCUUCAGCUUCGUGCUCAGUAGAGCUGACGACCAUGACUUUGGUCAGUACAGCUGCUAUCUUGGUUCACCACAACGUCCAGGAACAAAGAUUCCCAACUGUGGGCAACAGCUAGUAGUGAUACGAGUUCAAGAACCUUAUAUCGAGGGCCCGGAAAAGGUAUCCUUUGGCAGUUCUGUUGAUCUGACAUGCAACUCCUUUCUGAAAAGUUACCCAAAUUGGAACCUGUCCAUGAACUUUGUCUGGAUGAAGAACGGAACGAGUGUAGAGAAUGGAGGCAGGCAUCAGUUGGCGUCUGGUAGCAGGGUAUGGAGAGGCGGGCGAUACAUGAACAACACUCUGACUAUCAGUGGCGUGACAAGGAAGGACAGAGCACACAGAUACACUUGUCAGACAGUGGUUGGGGACAAUAUACUCACAGACCACAGUGUGGACUAUGUCCUUAGCGUAGAAUAUGUGCCUGAGUCUCCUCAGAACCUGGAAGUGCACGAGGGAGACACUGUGUUGCUUUCCAUGAGGACACCCCAACAUCAGUCAAGAAUAUACCUGCAAGACCCUGAUGAUAUAAAUGUGUUUGAAAUGGACUCUGCUGAAGGCUACAUAUGGGAAACCUACUGGACCAGGAUCAAGAUCGUGCAAGUCAUCACAUCAUCGGAUAAUGUCACUGUACAGUUCCAACUCUCUGACGUCACAUCAGCUGAUGCUGGGAGGUACCACUGUAGCCUGGAGAAGGGCGGACAUGCAGACUGUGACUGGGAACACGUGCUGGUUGUUUUCAAUAACUCUGUGACUGGGUCGGCUUCACCAUCUGUCGCAACAUCUACUACAGAUAACUCUGUGACUGGGUCGGCUUCACCAUCUGUCGCAACAUCUACUACAGAUAACUCUGUGACUGGGUCGGCUUCACCAUCUGUCGCAACAUCUACUACAGAUGACACUGUGACUGUACCGGUUUCAGAAGUUGAUGAAACCUCAACUGUAGGGAUUGUGCCAGGAAAUGUAUCCACCAUCACGCAGACGGUCCACACUUCAUCCCCUCCUGAACCCAGCGAGAAUGAAACAAGGAAAGGGACUUCUGUCAUCACCAUUGUCGGGUAUUCGGCUUCGAGCUCAGUUGUCAGCAUCAUCGUCACAGCCGUAAUUUGUCUUGUGAGACGCAAACGACAGAAAGGGAUCGGGAACAGAAGGCUUCCAGUAUUAUAUAUCACUCCGAAAUACGACGAGAAUGAAGGAUACGCCACUAUUGAAGAUUGUUAAGAACCUGGGCAUGAUUAAAGUGACAAUGCCCGUGCGGACAUAGUGUAACCGGGUCGUUAUUUUGCUCAUGUAACAGUCUUGUGACCUCUCCCCUUCCUGGAUUUAUUUCCGACACCGCUCAGUUAAAUCCGGCGGUCGUCAGUGUCCAGUGUCAUUACAUUCUGUGUUAGGGAAUUAGUUGCCCGACUAUUUCAUUCUUUUGUGAUCUAAUGGCUCUCUCAUACCAUGUAUUGAAUUGAUGUAUGUUAUCUCAUAAUAUGUUCGCUAUCUUAUUCUUGUAUUGAAAAUGUCUUUGUAACUAUGAUUUUCAAACGCUAGGGGACCUAAAAUGUACCAUCAGAUAUUUCUCAUUUAUUUAUGAUCAUUUUGCCUCCUCAAUAAUUGUACCUAAUUGCUUGUGGUAUGUC